AUGCAUAGACAGCGAAGAGGAAUUCACCUGAACUCGGCAGAACCGGCAGAUGCGGCGCAGCUGUCGUCCGGGCCGCAUGCCCCGCGCGUCGCGCCCCGUCGGCCCGCGCAAUCGCGCCUAACAGUUUUAUUUUCCCGAAUAAACUUUAUCAAACAAAGCGUGCGUGCCCCGCGCCCUGCAUCUGCUCGCCCAGCUGUUCCUACUGCAGCUGACCGUCCCAUCCCGCUCUACCCCGUCACCAGACGCAUCGCCAGAGCGAGACGGAGAACGCUCACUGUAAUCGCAUCACGGCCCUUCAAUUCCCUGUGCAGCGGCCCAUUCGCAGUCCGUAUCCCGACGCCGGCGGGCAAACUGCGAGUAAUAAUGACGAGCAAACGCAAACAUGAACGCGAUAACGAAGUGGACCGAAAAUUGAAACGGCAGCGCCGUCGCAAGCGUUCUCGCAGCGAACCUCUGAUGAACGAUUCGGACAGCGCGGAGAAACGUCAGGCGCUGAAACGUCUGUUCGGACGGAUCUGCUCCGUCGAGUUGGAGGCUGAGCACAACGACGAUCUGUUGGAGAAUCGCGGAUUUGACAGCCACAGCUUUGCCGACGAGAACGAGGAUCCUCUCCUGGAUUCGGUGCCUGUCGACAUGGAUCCGGAACAACUUGGAUUUUUGGUGUGCGCCCAAGAGACGUUACGUUUCCUCCACGGACGCGGCAUACCAAUUGAACACCCAGUGUUUGCUCGCUUGCGCUCGCGCCUUCUGCGCGGUAUCGGUGAAAUGGCGGUAGCAUGA